AUGUCCACGGCGAGAAAUUUUUCGGGCGGCGGAAAUCGAAAGUCGAGCAGGCUUCAGCGGCGCGCUCCACCACCUAUAAAGAUAAACCCUUCCGAGCCGAACUGGAAAGUGGCUAUCCCUCUUCUAUCACCUACAGAGUCGCCGCCGCCGAAGCUACCGGUGGUAAUGAAGAGGGAGGAGCAACGGUGGGGAAAAGAGGCGGAAAAUCCACCGGUUUUCAAGAAGUGGCAGCACCCGGCAGCGCCGUUUUUCUACCAGCCAGAGCCGUCAUCGAACAAGCCGUUUGCAUGGCCAAAUUAG